AUGUGCCGAAAGUCUGCGUCCAGCCUGCAAAAUACACCGAUCUCGCCUCCACAGCAAACCACUCCAGGCGACAACCUAGACGUGGUGGCUUGCACCAAGCUCGGCGAUCCCCCGGAAGAACCACGGGCCACUGACGACAGCAAAUGUGUGCUCGCCACCACCAAGCGAAGUCAUCGUCGCUACAAUUAUAACUGUGGUGUUCGGUACCGACACUUUUGGGUUACAGAAUAG